ACGCCAAGUUUGACUUGUGUCAAAUGCUAAACUUCGAGGAAGUGUCCUAGCAUUUUAACUAAACAAGCAUUUCAACAUUCGAACAGCGAUGGACAAGUUGCGUCGUGUAUUAAGUGGUGGAGAGGAGAAUGAAGAAGUGGGGCUUACAGCACAGGUCCUGGAUGGCACAAGCCUCAGUUUCAGCACGCGGGUUAAGUGGUUCUUCAUUUGUUUCGCAGCAGGGAUCAUCUGCUCAAUACUUGGAACUGCACUCCUCUUCUUGCCGAAAGCUGGACUAAAGCUGUUUGCGGUAUUUUACACCCUUGGAAACAUUUCAGCACUUGCAAGCACCUGUUUCCUGAUGGGACCUCUUAAACAGCUAAAGCGCAUGUUUGAGCCCACUAGACUCUUAGCCACCAUUCUGAUGCUGCUGUUCCUUGUGUUGACGUUAUGUGCAGUGUUUUGGUGGAACAAAAAGGGUCUGGCGAUCAUCUUCUGCAUUUUGCAAUUUUUGUCUAUGACAUGGUAUAGCAUCUCCUACAUUCCAUUUGCACGGGAUGCUGUUAUUAAGUGCUUCACCUCCUGCUUGAGCUAAAUGUUCAGUUUUUCAUCUGAUGUCGGGUCCCGCUGUGGAAGUAUAAAUAUGUCAAUAUUUUCAGGAUCAUUUUUGUCAUCCAAGAACCUUCUGCACUGUUUUCAGUGACCUUAAAACAUUUCCACUUUUGUCUUAAUAUAAUACUUUUAAGUGAAUAUUGUUUAAUAUUAAGAGUGACUACGAAAUAAUUGCAGUAAAUGUUUCCUUUUUAUCUGUUGAUUUGUUUUGUUUUUUGGUAUUUUUAUUUGUGUGUGGGUGGGUGUGUGUGUGUGUGUGUGAGGAGGAUACAUGCCUUAAAUAAUGCUUCAUAGAUGAUAUAUACUGCCAGUUAAAACUGAGUGAAAAGAAUAAGUGCCUGAUUAUGAAGUGUGGUGUUAAUGAAUGAAAAUACUACUGUUGACUUUUGUACAGAAAAAUACAUUUCUACCAAAUAUAUUAACAAAACCAGACACCAAAUAAGUGCAUUACUGAUUCUUUUUUCAUUAGUUGUGUGAAUUUAGGUAGUUAAUGUGCCAUACAUUAUAGUCUUCUAAUGAUGUAUAUAAUGUUGAUUAUUUGAGCCGAGGGCAACAAAGACAGCUGCCACAUUGAAUCUCUGGAGAAGAACUGAUGAACAUAUGCCACAUGUCCAAAUCGCCCUUUUCUCUUGUGAGCUUUAUUGAAACAAUAGUUUGUUAUUUUUAUACUCUCAUAAUCAUCCCCCAGAUGCUAAGAUACAUCCGAGCAUCACAUGAUCUUAACGUGACCUAAUAACCUAAUUAAUGGCUUGUCUGUUUUUAGACUGCCUAAGCAUGGUGCCUGUGGCUCCAGAUGCGGUUUCCAUGACAACUGUGGGAGAGCUCUGUUUUCUUGAGCAUCUCUCCUCCACGACACACUUCUGUUGUGCACAGUGUUGAUCACAUGUCUAAUUACCAUGACAAGAUGUUGGUGGACCCUCCAGAUUUUAGCUGAGUGGAAAUAAUGCAUUUGAUUUUAGACUGCAAAAACAGCAUUAAGAUAAAAUGCUUUAAUCUUUUUUCAUUAAGUGUAGGCUAUGGAUGUGAUUUCACUAUAUUUAAAGGAAUACUUCAUCCAAAAUGAAGUUCUGUCAAUAUAUACUCAGCCUCAUGCCAUUCCAUACCUGCAUGCUGUUAUUACAUUUUUUUCUGUUGAACACAAAAGGGAUCUUUUGAAAAAUCUUCAUGCUAUUCUUUUUCAAUAGAAUGACAGUUUAUAGUGACCACGGCUGUCAAGCUACAUAUAGGUAUAAAAAAAACGGCAUAAAAGUAGGCCAUAUGACUCCUGCGCUAUAUUCCAAGUCUUCUGAAUCCAUAUGAUAGCUUUUGAGUGUUGACAGACUAAAAUUAAAAUUAUUCAAUGGAAAUCUUCCCUCUGCUGCAACUCUCAAAUCGUAUUCCUCAUACUGCAUAUUCAACCUGCUGUGUCACGUUUGGUUAGAACAUGAUAACCAAUGCCGUUUGGCAAUUGCUGUUUUUCAAUGACGGCAAGUCUAGUGCAACGCAUCAAUGUUCCGGCUCUGAAUCUGAAUGCAAAGCGCUGAGCUUCAGGAAAGGGUAAUAUUUUCAGUGAAUAACUGAUUAAAUUCUGAUCUAUGUCACACAAAGCUAUAUAUAAACCUGUGAUGUUAUAUAGGCUAUUACUGGGCUACAUUAUGUGUAAAUGUUUUCUUGUGAAUGUUCAUUCAGUGUCAAACAAUUUCUACUUUGAAAGGAUAAAGUGCUUAUCUGUUCACGAGACAAAAGGCACAUGGAUAUACCAAAUAUA